GCAGUCGCCAGUGUUGCCUUUAGCACCUGAGAUGAAUAAAGCUGUUAUGAAAGUCAAGCUCCAAGCAGCAGUACUUGUGUGGAUCCUGCUUCUGCUGGGAAGUGGUCGCGCUGCUCUCACAGCCCUGGCAGAAACCCACAGCGAUGCGUCGGCGGCGGCCACGGACGGGGCCUCUAGCAAAGACAGUCCUGUGCGGUAUCCGUCUCUGGUCCCCAAAGAAUCGGCCCCACAGAUGGGCUCCUACAGUCUAGCGGACCCUAAAGGCAACGUGUGCCUCAAGGCAUCCAUGGCAGUGGAGUUUGUGGUGACCAAGGCCAAGAAAACUUUGUAUUACAACAUUGACCCAUUCUCCAUAAAACCAAUGGGAUUCUGUGGAAAGAAUACCUCUGAUUUGUCGCUGACUUUCAAUGGGGGGAAUGUUGACUUCACGUUUCUGAAGGAAGGAAAUGUGUCAUAUGCCAGUAAAAUAGAAGUCACUUUGCAAGCAACUGCUGACUGCAAAGGUUGUCAGAGUGAGCAGUUCACAGGUGUACUCAGCAACAGCAAACUAUUCAGAGCUGAAGAUGGACUCAGCUACAAGUGCAAUUCCAAGAAGACACUACAAAUGGCUGAGAACCUAAAAAUAAAGAUCACGAAGCUUAGGAUCCAAGCCUUUAAUAUCAUUAACGGACAAUUUGGAAAUGAGGUGGAGUGCUGGCCAGAUUGCAUCAAAAGACUUGUGCCCCUCAUUCUUGGGAGUGUUGCUGUGGGUAUUUGCCUGCUUGCUAUCGUUGCGUACUUAAUGGUCCGAGAACAUCGAACCCAGGGCUACGAAAGAAUAUAAAGCAGGC